UUUGACGUAAUGAUUUUUUUUAACGAAUCAUACCAAAUCAGACGCUCUUGGGUUGUUCAUGUCCGUGCGAGUUGUGCGCUAAUUUCCAAGCGAAUUCAAGUGAGAUCUCGUGGUGAAAAGCAAACACAGAAGUCACCAAGUAGCAGUACCUUCGCAUUGUUCAACUUUCUUGUAAAACCGGCGGGCUUUCGAUUGUUGAAUAGGUUCAGAACAAACCCUGUCGCCUUCGGUACCGUUCGCUGGUUCGUGGAAAACCAAGAAAGGCUGCUAUUGUGGUGCAAGUUAUAGCGUUCGAGUUAGUGGUGACGAGACACGACACGACACAGGGGUACCGUGCAUAUAGUCAUUGUUUAUGUGUGUGUGCGCGCGUGUGUGGCGUUAGCUAUACCACUCUUGACAGUGUACUCGAUUUUUUAAGACGGUUCUGUUGAUUUUGCGGAAAUCAGAGCAUUCAGUUUACGCGCGCCGAAGUUACAGCAGCGAAGUAUUACCAACAGAGGUGAAAAUGUCGGAAACCAACGCGGAUCCAACACCAACAGUUGAAAACGACAAUCCGGUUAAGGAGGUUGAGCAGCAGGCUACAGAAACGGCUACGCCGACGAAGCGAACACCUAAACGGAAAGUAAGCUCAUUUACAAAAGAAAGCGAGGAGCUGUUGAAAACGUUUGGCGUUUCGCUGGACAUGGAAGAUGGACGUCGGCGCACUCGUUCAAGCGCACGUGGUGGUACACCGACAACCGCACCCGUUACCCCACCGGCAAAGCGGGCUCGAGGUGCGUCCACACCGAAGGCGGCGGCCGAAGAAUCGAACUCUCCGAACGCUGCCGCUACCACACCGAAGAAACGUGGGUCGCAAGGUGAACGCAAACGGCUGCUGGUUCUGAUAGAUCCGGCAUUACCCAAAGAAUAUACCGAUAGUGUGAAGGAUUCGACGGCCGAAAAUGAUGAAAUGGAUUCCUCGGAGUCAUCAGCAACAACAACUGGUACCGUCGUUGAAAAGGAGGUUGCGGAAAAAACGCAGGAAGCGACAAAAUCAAAGGACACAGAAGACGUGCAUGAAAGCGUGAAAGAAACCGACCUAAAGGAGGAAGAAAAGGUUAAAAACGACGUAAUGACUGACGAGAAACAGGACGUAAUGGACACUGAAGAUGGUACGGCCAGUGUAACAGCACCGGAGCAAGAUGUUGUAGCAAAUGAUACAGAACCAGCUAAAGAACAAUUGAACGACAAGGAAGAGGAACAGACAAAACCAGAUAACGUACAAAGUAAGGAAUGUUUGGAAGAAAACAAACCGGAAGAAGCCAUGGAUGUAGAUGCAGAGCAGGAAAAGCUAGACAAAGUUCCAGCGGAAAGUCAAACAAAUGAAAGUAAAUCCGACGAUACUAAGAAGGUAGAAUUAGUCGAAGCAGUUUGUGAGAGCAAUGGAAACACUACCAACACUACGCCGAAAAAAUCUGCUGAGCCAGAAGCCGUGGUUAAGCCGGAUGCGGUGGAGAAGAUUUGUCUAGAGAACGACAAGCAACAAGCUGCUACUAUCAAACCCGAUUCAACCGUUGUCGAAGAACCAGCUAAACCGACUACAGAGGAAACUCCGCUGGAAGCGAAAGUGGAUGAAAGCAACAACAGCACAAUUCAGGAGGAGAAAGAUACGACACCGGUGAACAAUGUGCCGGAUACUAAGGAAGCGGAAAAAGCAGUAACCCCUAUUGAGGUUGAAACUAAAAUCGUUGCAAGCGAAGCAACACCGACCACUAUAGAGCCGUCACCAACACCAACAGAAUAAUCGGAAUUCGAUUAGAUGUUUUAACUGGAGUUAGUAGCGUAUCGCUAACCGUUUGUUUUAUUGAACUGCUGCAAGUACUGUUGCAGGCACACAAUGGGGUAGGUUUAGCUCUCAGCGUUGAGUCAACAUGUGAUGAGACGGAGAGGAGGGACAAGAAAUGAAAUCAUCUGGUAGUUAGGAAAGAAGAGGGUAGCUUAUGUGCACAAAUCUUAGCAGUUCAGAACUUGAAGGAUUUCUAUCGUUUUCACAAUUAUUUUCAUUUUCUACGUUCGUGCACACAUCAGUUAUGUGUGCCUGAUUCUAGAUUUACCAACUUAUAUUCAUUGAUAAUUUGUUAAAAUUUAAAACAGAAGCGAAACAAUCAAUCGAUAGUAAGUAAAGUUUCCAGUGGGUGAAUUGCACUUCAUCUAUAACGGAAUGCGUUCGUAUUGGUUUAGCAGUUUCGGACAUGUAUCCAAAUCUUGGAUACGACGAUGUGUGGAAUAAAGCAGAAAUAUCACCUUUACAAAUGUUAGAUAUUGCCAUCGUAGGUUAGUGUUCAGCAUCCAUUCGACCGCCUCCUUCCCCCAACCCAUCGCAAAAUUCGCCCGGAAUGUCGCACACCGGAGCUGGAAAAAUACGCAAGCUACAGGGUAGUAGAGAUACUAUAAUAGAUAUAGUAGAUGUUAGCCGGCUGGAUGAUGUUGAGCGUUUUGGUAAAGUAGUGACAUGAUUCUACAGCAAGCAAAAUGAAGGGUAAGGGUAGGGUGAACUUGUGUCGUAGGACGUCUCAAGAUGGUUACCCUGUUACUAUUUUGACAUUUCAUAUUUGCCAAGUUACGUUUGCCCCGUUUGUUUUUAGUAGCGUCUGUACUGUACUAUUAUACCACCGCAAAAAAGGGUGAAGCGUUAAUACAACCUAGUAUAUAUGUGAAAUACGACUAAACACAAAAAAGGGGAGGCAAGUAAAGGGUGGAGACUGUGUGUGCUGUAGGAAGUCUUCGGAAAAUGUACAUUUCAGCUUUAGAAGAUUGCAACAGCGAAUAAUAUUUACAUAACUGUCGCAUUAACAAAAACAAAAACGGAAACUUUUACCUAUAUUCAGGAAUUCCUGAUACACUUAUACAGAACUCUUCCUAGAGUAUCAGAAAAAAAAAACACAACAACAAUUACACACUGUAUGUAAUAUAAAUCGAGUAACGGAGCGCGCGUGCACACGCACUCGAUGAAGCAAGGUACAAAGCGAUUUUUUAAAUGAAAUUUAUACAAUCAAUCGGCGGAUACGACGAUGCGUGCGUGUACGUAUUGAGCGAGAACAAUCUCAUCGGAAAGACGGUAGUAGUACCGCCCAGCGUCCAGUGGAGAGUUUGGCCGAUUUUUUCUAUUAAAAUUUUUGUCGUAUUAAA